CAAUUGUGAAGCGUCAGUCAUUGUGCAAAGUUUGCGCAGCGGUUAAUUCAGAGAAACUGAAAACAAAAAAACUUCAUUCGUCUCUUAUAUUUCCUUAAAAGCAAGUUAAACUACAAUCCAUAUAGCAAAAAUGUGUGACGAAGAGGUUGCCGCUUUGGUUGUCGAUAACGGUUCCGGCAUGUGCAAAGCCGGCUUUGCCGGUGAUGACGCACCACGCGCCGUUUUUCCAUCAAUUGUCGGACGUCCCCGCCACCAGGGCGUUAUGGUUGGCAUGGGCCAGAAGGACUCGUAUGUGGGUGAUGAGGCGCAGUCGAAGCGUGGCAUACUCACCCUUAAAUAUCCCAUUGAACACGGCAUUGUGACCAAUUGGGAUGACAUGGAAAAGAUCUGGCAUCACACCUUCUACAAUGAGCUGCGUGUGGCACCCGAGGAACAUCCGGUGCUCCUAACUGAGGCGCCCUUGAAUCCAAAGGCCAAUCGCGAAAAGAUGACUCAAAUCAUGUUCGAGACUUUCAAUACUCCGGCCAUGUAUGUGGCCAUCCAAGCUGUAUUGUCCUUAUACGCCUCUGGUCGUACCACUGGCAUCGUUUUGGAUUCUGGUGAUGGUGUUACCCACACCGUGCCCAUCUACGAGGGCUAUGCACUGCCACAUGCCAUCCUUCGUCUAGAUUUGGCUGGCCGCGACUUGACUGACUACCUUAUGAAGAUCCUGACUGAGCGUGGCUACUCCUUCACCACCACCGCCGAGCGUGAAAUUGUGCGCGACAUAAAGGAGAAGCUAUGCUAUGUCGCCCUAGACUUUGAGCAGGAGAUGGCAACGGCUGCUUCCAGCUCCUCGCUAGAGAAGUCCUAUGAGCUUCCCGACGGACAGGUUAUCACUAUUGGCAAUGAGCGUUUCCGUUGCCCCGAGUCUCUGUUCCAGCCAUCAUUCCUGGGCAUGGAGGCGUGUGGUAUCCAUGAGACUACCUACAACUCGAUCAUGAAGUGCGAUGUUGAUAUUCGUAAGGAUUUGUAUGCCAACACAGUGCUGUCCGGCGGUACCACCAUGUACCCAGGCAUUGCUGAUCGUAUGCAAAAGGAGAUUACAGCUUUGGCACCAUCUACCAUGAAGAUUAAGAUUGUGGCGCCACCGGAGCGUAAAUAUUCCGUAUGGAUUGGUGGCUCCAUUCUGGCCUCGCUGUCUACAUUCCAACAGAUGUGGAUUUCUAAGCAGGAGUACGAUGAGUCUGGCCCAUCCAUUGUACACCGCAAAUGCUUCUAAGCAACCACAAGAACAGCAACAAGAACAACAUCAAGCAAACAACAAUUGCGGCUGUAGCUGGGCGUGGUCCUGUCUGUGCCUGCGCCUCACGCACACAAAAAAAAAACCAUAUAUA